GGUAGGCAUGUGUUUUUGUUGAUCUUGUCUUAUCUGACUAUGAAAACAAGUUUUAUAAUAAAAUGAAAUUUCUAACCCGCUGUUUUGCGUGAUUUAGAAAUUUAAGAACUUGAAAACAAUGGAUACAAUCGAAGAUAUUGCGUUAAGUGACGAGGAAGAAGAAAUUACAGCUGAUGCAGUAUUGAAAACACUACAAAGCGCUUGGCAGAAUGAACGCCUAGCACCUGAAAUUCUUCCACACCACAACGAUAUUGUAGAAUGUAUGUUGGGCCAAAUCCAGCACAUGGAGAGGAAUAUCAACAAGUUACCCAAGACUGACCUUCGUGCGUCUAUCCACAAAAUGGAACUCAAUCGAAUAAAGUUCGUUAUAUGUAAUUACCUAAAGACAAGACUGCAUAAAAUAGAACAGUACUGUAUUCCUAUAUUAAAUGAAGAGAGACGAAGAACAGACUCUGGGACUAAUUAUUUGACUCCGUCUGAGUACAAGUACGCUCAUGAGUAUUUACUGAAUAUGGAAAAUCAUGUCAAAACAGUGGUAUUAAGUAAAGUUCCUAGUAAUAUGCAGACGUUUGAGAUGAGCAAGAUGGCUGUGUAUCCUAAUUUACAGAGUCAUGUGUUUUUAAAAGCGAACACGACAGUCAAUGGAGUUGUGCUUGAAGACUUGUUUGGGGACCAAGAUGAGGAGAUAGAUUUGGAAGAGGGUUCUCAGCACAUCUUACAGUACAAACCAAUAGCCGAUCUAGUGAAAAAUGGUAAAGUGCAACUAAUAUAACACAGGUGUUACUUAAAUUCAGGGGAAAUAUCUACCAACUUUGAUGAAUAAUUUUUAUUAGAAUUUGAAGCCGAAGAGUAUAUAUAUAUGUUAUUUCUUAAUAUGCAGCCAAGCACAAGCCAAGCACUGUUACUACUGCAAGUGCAGUAGUAACAGUGCAUAGUUUAUAUUUUAAAAAUUUGAUAAACAAAUCAUUGACUGCUGUCAAUGAUUAUCAUAAGCAAAUUAAUUCGACAAUUAAUAUAUCUAGGAAUAGCGAAUUGAGAUAUACAAUCCCGUCUAAUCAGUUUUUUUUAUAUCUUAUUUAGUUCCAGUUGUAUCGUUAGGCAAAUCCAGCAUAGUUGACUUUUUUGUUAGGUGACAAAAAAACAUGGCAAUAAAAUUUUAGAUGUCAUUUUCUCGAAAGUUACUGAAAUGCAAUUGCAUUAGUUAUGAUAAGAAGGACAGAUCUAAAGGGUAAUAUAAAAUAAAGACAAAUAUACAACAAUAAAAGUAUUUAUUGGUUUUAUUCAUACAUUACACUUACAUAUAACAUUUUGGAUAUUAAUGUCAAUUUUAUUCCAGUACGUUAAGACGUUGACAAUAACUACAUAAUCCUAUAUAGUUUCUUAUAAUGACAUUUGUAUAAUUCAUUAUUGUAAUUAGCCUUCAAGGACUUAUACCUUAUUUAAAAUGCAAGGCACUUGAA